AUGCGCGGGGCCAAAGGGUACGUGCGCCAGCAGCUGGCCAAGGCGCGCGGCGACGGGGAGCUGCCUGACGACCGCCUCACGCCUCAGGAUGGCGUUAUCCGGCCGCGCGUGCUGGCUCGCAACGGUAUCCCCGAGACAGCGGAUGGCGUGGCGUACCUGUCGACGCAGAAGCUCGCCGUGUGCUCCUGCGCCGACGGAUGGAUGAAGGUCGUCGGGCGCGACGGCGUGGAGGCCACGCUGCCCUGUCCCUCUGGGCCCGGGGCGACUUCCCACCUCCUCGCGGUGCCCGGGCGCUCCUUGGUCCUCCGCGUCACCAAGCUCAACCAGGUCGAGCUCUGGUCGCUCGAGGCCGAGAGCGCCCACGCGGGCCCCCGCAGCAGCGCCCCGCUGCAGGUCACGCCGCCGGGCGGUGGCACCAUCACCGCCGCGUGCGCCCUCCCCGGCGCGGACUUCGCGGCCCUCGGCUCCUCCGACGGCUCCGUGCUCGUCCUGCGCACCACCGCGCCGGCCCCCGGCGGCCCCACAGAGCCCUCCCUGCGGCUGUGUCCCCUGACGAUUGGCCCCCGCGACGGCGGCCCGGACGGGCCCGUCGCGGCGCUCGCCGCGCAGCCUGGCGCGACCUUCGCGCGGCUGCUCAUCGCCCGCGCCGCCGGCGCCUGCGUCUGGGACUGGUUCGAGCGCAAGGCGUGCGCGACGGCGGCGUACUCGCGCUCGCCCGGCACCGCGGCGGACAUGGCGGCGGCGACCGCGGCGGGCACGAUUCUCUCCGCGUGCUGGGCCAGCCAGGCCGGCGAGCUCUUCGCGACGGGCCACGCGUCCGGCGCGGUGCUGCUGUGGCGCAUUCCUGCGUCCGCCGGCCCCGGCUUCGCCCCGGCGCGCUCGCCACCGCCGUGCAGCCUCGAGCGCAAGGUCUCCUUCGCCGCGGACCCGCGGGGCGGGCUGGCGCCGGUCACGUGGCUCGGGUACGUCGGCGGGCCGUUCGCCACGCUCGUGGCGCGCGGGGGGCACCCGGCGGGCCAGCCCGAGUGCCUGGUCGUCGCGCCGUCGUGCGGCGAGGGCGAGCCCGGGGAGGUGGCGCCGCCGCUGCCGGCGUCGCUCCCGUGGAUGGGCGACCUGCGCGGCCUCGACCUGAUUCUCCCCAGCGGGUGCUUCCAUGUGUACCAGGGCGGCUCGCUGGGGGCGCUGGCGCUGGCGGAGGGCGGGCAGCUGCUGGCGUACGACUUCUCGGACCCGCAGGGCGCGCCCGCGCUGCUGUCGCUGUCGCUGCAGUCGCGCCCGCCGGUGACGGCCGCCGUCCUGGCCACCACGCCGCCGCUGCUGCUCAACCCUGAGAGCCCCGUGUGGCCCGGCGGCGCGCCGCAGAACGCCGCGGACAUGCUGGAUACGUCGGACAUCGAGGACGCGUUCCCGGGGCUCGCCGCGGCGGUCGAGGUGGGCGACGUGUGCCGGGCCGGGAGGCAGUCGGUGGCGCUGGACGGCAGGGGGGGUUCCGGGCUGCUGCGCCGCGAGUCGCUGCUGCAGGGCGGGCUGCCGGCGAGCGAGGAGGACUGCGACGCGGAAGGCGUGCCGGAGUGUCUGUACGUGACGGGCCACCGCGACGGCGUGGUGCGGGCGUGGGACGCCCGCAAGCAGGCGCUGGCGCAGGCGAUGGCGCUCGCGCCGCCGGAGAUGCCUGGGCGGCGCGCGGCGGGUCCGGUGUCGGCGGUGGACGCGUGCCUGAUGUCGGGCCUGAUCGCGGCGGGGCACGACUCGGGGUGCGUGAGCGUGUUCCAGUGGCACGGCAAGAGGGAGGGGUUCGCGUGCGUUGCCGCGACAGCGCCGCUGGAGGGCGACGGGUCGGCGGUGACGGCGGUGACUGUGGCGUCGGCGCUCGGCAUGGUGGUCGCGGGGCAGCGGUCGGGGCGCGUGACGGCGCACGACGUCGUGGGGUCGUGCGCGCCGGUGUGGACGGUGUGGCAAGGGCACGGGUCGGUGUGCGGGCUGUGCGUGACGCCCGCGAUCGUGCCGGCGGGCGGGCGCGAGAACGGGGACGACGGCGGGCGGCGGGGCGUGGUGCGGCACCCGGUGGCGGUGGUGCUGACGCAGGGGUCGGGCGUGGGCGUGCUGGACAUGGACACGGGCGCGCAGGUGGGCGCGUGGUGCAAGCCGAAGAACGCGAGCACCGCGGUGGGCAUGGCCGGGCUGGACGCGGACGGCGGCGUGCUGGGCGCGCUCGCUGCGCCGCCAGAAGUCAUGCGGUGCCUCGAGUGGCAAGCCGCGGCCGCGGCGACGGUCGUGAGCGAGGCGUGCGACGCAGCGGUCGCGGACGUGGGUGCGGCCGUGCUGAAGCAGCCGUUCCGGCAGAGCGCGGGGGCAGGGGUGGUGUCGGGCGGGGAAUUGAGCGGCGACGAAGAUGACGGGAGCUCUGCGUCCGGCGACGAGAGCGACGACGACGACGAGCUGCUCGCCGAGGCCGUGGAGGCCGUGGAGGCCGUGGAGGCCGAGGCCAUGGAGGACAUGAAGCGCCGCAAGAAGGCGCGCCGGCGACAGAAGGUCCAGGAGCUCUCGGGCGCGGUGCUGAAACACGCCUCGUCGAACAUCAAGGCCGCGGCGCGGGGGCUCGGGCGCGGGAUCGAGCUGGUGGUGGACCCGAUACAAAGGGGCAUCCGCGCCGUCGGGGCGAAAGAGAACGCCCCGGGGGCCGGCGGGCCCUCUGCGGGCGCCGCGCCGCUCGCCAGCGACGCCAGCGCGCUGAUGGGCGCGCCCGCCACGCGGGUCGCGGCGGCCACCGGGGACGUGGGCCCGUGCGUGUGGGAUGGCACGCCGCGCUGGGGCGCGGUCGGGCCGGGCUGCGUGGCCCCCGCGGCCGCCACGUCCGGGCUCCUCCCGCAGCUCGACCCGCUGCAGCCCGCGUCGACGCGCCUCGCGGCGGCGGAGGCGCUGCUCGCGUUCCCGACGUGCCAGUACGUGGCGGCGGUGUCGGACAGCGCCGUGCGGGUGUAUGCGACGCUCGGCGUGGUGCGGGGCCACCGCGGCGCGCUCGCGAAGGCGUACGUGGACCCGCCGUGCGAAGGCGCGCGUGCGGUGGCCACGGCGCGGGGUCCCGCGCUGCUGUGCUUCUCGUCGCGCAGCGCCGACGCGACGGCGUACGCGCUCCCGGGCCUGACGCAGCUCCACAGCGGCGCGCUCUCCGGCGGGCGCUCGCGGGACGCGUGGGGCGCGCGGGGCGGCACCGCGGCGGUCGCGCCCGACGCAUCGCACGGCAUCCUGCUGGACAGGGGCGGCGGGGCGCUGCGCGUCGAGGUCCUCGCCGCGCCCCGCACGCGGCUCCCGCCCCCGCAGCAGCUCGUGGACCCCGAGAUUGCGACGGCAGUGGAGGCGGCGAUGGCGGCGCAGCUCGACACCACGGCGGUCGCGCCGGCUCCGGCGCCGCAGCCGGCGACGACGACGGGCCGGUGGUUCGGGCGGGUGUUCAGCGGCGCGGCGGCGCCGGAGCGCGCGCCGGCGCGGUCUGCGGCGGACCUGGAUGCGCUGUUGACGCGGGCGGGCGCGGGGCCGCUGGCGGCGUCGGCGUCGACGCAGCGGCGGUGGGAGGAGGACGCGGAGUGGGAUCAGGUGGGUCUGCGGCACCGCCCCAAGAUCAGUUUCUUCGACGGCGGCCCGCGGCAGGAGGCGCUCGACUUCGCGGCCGCCGUGGACGAGGACGGCAUCAUCGAGGACGACGGCGGCUCCGACGUCGAGCCCGCCGCCAGCGCCUCGGACCGCGACGACUCGCCCCCGCCCGGCGACGCGCGCCCCGCCUCGUCGUCGAGCCGCCGCAACCUCGUGUCGCGCAGCAAGGCCGGCGCCGGCGCGGCGGGGCGCUUCCUGAAGCGCCUGAUCCCCGCGGGCGGCAGCGGCGCCGCGGGCGUCGGCGGCCGCGAGGCGUCGCGGGCGAGCGCGGAGGCGGGCGCGGUGCGCGGCAACGGUCCGGUGCGCGCGCGGACGGUGGACGAGAUCCGCGCCAAGUACGGGCACGCGGCGCGCGGGGGCGAGGGCGGCGCGCUGGCGGGGCAGCAGUCGGCGGUGGCGCAGACGCGCGCGGUGAUGGAGCAGAACGUGGCGGCGGCGCAGGAGCGCGGGGAGCGGCUGGGGCGGCUGCAGCAGCGGACGGCGGAGAUGCACGAGGACGCGCAGAGCUUUGCGGACCUGGCGAGCCAGCUGGAGAGGAAGAUGCGCCGCGGGGGGCUGUGGUGA